AUGAACCCAGGAAACUUCUCAGAAACUACAGAGUUCUUUCUCCUGGGACUCUCAGAAGAUCCAGACCUGCAGCCUGUACUCUUUGCACUUUUCCUGUCCAUGUACCUGGUCACAGUGCUUGGGAAUCUUGUCAUCACCAUGGUUAUCAUCUCAGACUCCCACCUGCACACCCCUAUGUACUUCUUCCUCUCCAGUCUGUCCUUUGUGGACAUCUGUUUCACCACCACCACCAUUCCAAAAAUGCUGGUGAACAUCCAGGUGCAUAGUAAAUCCAUCAGUUAUACUGGCUGCCUCACCCAAAUCUGUUUUGCCUUGGUUUUUCUUGGAUUAGAAAAUGGAAUUCUGGUAACUAUGGGGUAUGACCGCUUUGUGGCCAUCUGUCAUCCCCUAAGGUACAAUGUCAUCAUGAAACCCAAACUCUGCAGGCUGCUGGUUUUGCUUUCCUUCCUCAUCAGUGUCCUUGAUGCCCUACUCCACACCUCCAUGGCACUGAGGCUCUCUUUCUGCACUAACCUGGAGAUUCCCCACUUUUUCUGUGAACUGGCUCAUCUUCUCAAGCUUGCCUGUUCUGAUAUCCUCAUCAAUAAUAUCCUGGUGUAUUUGGUGACAGGCCUGUUGGGUGCUGUUCCUCUCUCUGGGAUAAUUUUCUCUUACACUCAAAUUGUCUCUUCUGUCCUGAAAAUUCCAUCAGCUGGUGGAAAGUAUAAAGUCUUCUCCAUCUGUGGGUCACACUUAAUUGUUGUUUCCUUGUUCUAUGGGACAGGUUUUGGUGUAUACCUCAGUUCUACAGGUACUCAUUCCUCCAGAAAGAGUGCAGUAGCCUCAGUGAUGUACACUGUGGUCACCCCCAUGAUGAACCCCUUUAUCUACAGCCUGAGAAACAAGGACAUGAUAGGGGCUCUAAGGAGACUUAUUUAUAAAAUAACAUCUUUCCCUUAA